GCAAGCCUUUUGAAUUAUUGGAUAUAGAUGUUAUGAUGGAUCAUAUAUUAGCAGCCAGGAGAGAAGACGCAGAAUUUUUCGACGCCAGUAAUAGGGAUUUGUUAGUUAAAGUUGCAGCUGUAAAAGGAAUUCGCAUGUUGGACCUUGGAACACUUUGA